GUCUCCCUCCAUUUCUACUCAGUACAGCAAGAAGCCACUCUUCUUUUCCAAAAUUUCUCAGUCUACAAAGUAAAGUUUACAUUGUUUCUUCAAAAAUCUUAUUUUUCUUCUUGGAUAAGCUCAAAGGCUUGGAUCGCUCCGUUAAAAAUUUUUUUACUAUUUCCCGAAGGAAACACGCCGGAGCAGAAACCACCGCCGGCGAGAUCAAACUCGAGAAAGGGUUUAUGGCUCAGACUCAGAUAAUAUGGUAAUGAAAGGGGAUUCAGUGGAAUCAGACGUUUCUGAGCAAAACAGUGAAGAGUGUUUCGAAACCCUAGACCAAAUUGAGGAAAAAGCUUCAUCGAUUUUUGAGUUUUCGCUUCAGUUUGUUGACGUGAGUGAGUCGCUGGAGAAGGAGGAGGAAGAACGACUGAGAGUGGUUGAAGCGAGGGAGAAGGAACUUUGUUUGCUUGAAGAUUCAGUAUCUCGUAGAGCAAGUGUUUUAGAGGAGAAAGAGAUAGAAUUUGACUUGAGACAGGUCAUUGAAGCAACCAUCGUGAUGUUGGUGGUUGAGAAGCAGAGUGAAGAAGCAGAGAAUAAUAAGCUUGGUUUGCUUCUCGAUUCGACCACAAAGGAACUUAAAGAUAUGAUGAGUGAGUUUGAAGGAAAGAAAGAGGAGGCUCGCCAGAUGUCUGAGUUUAUCCUUGAGAAGUUGAGUGAGUUAGAGAAGGCAAAGAUGGAUUUUGAUCUGAAACAAAGGGAUGAGACUGAGAGACAGAACAAGGAAAGUAAGGCUAGGGAGAAGGAGCUUAAGGCACUUGAUGAAGCUAUCACAGAAAAGACUGCUGAGUUGAAAAGAAAGGAGGAGACUUUUGAGCUGAAACUGAAAGAAGAAGCUGAUAAACUGAGAGGGGAGAGUGAACUUAGUAGGAUUAAGGAGAAGGAACUGGAAAAAAUGUUGAAAGAGAUCGAGUUGAAGCAGAUGAAAUUAGAAGAAAGAUUAAAACAAGAACUAAUAGAAGCAGAGUCUCGAAAGAGAUCAAACCUUGAAAGUGAAGCAAGAGAGAAGAAGCUUAACUCACUUGAGGAACCUAUCAAAGAGAAGACUGCUGAGUUGAAAAGAAAGGAGGAGACUUUUGAGCUGAAACUGAAAGAAGAAGCUGAUAAAUUGAGAGAAGAGACUGAACUGAGGAGGAAUGGUCUUGAGAUCAAGGAGAAGGCACUGGAAAAAUUGUUGAAAGAGGUUGAGUUGAAGCAGAUGGACUUAGAAGAAAGAUCAAAACAACAACGUAUAGAAGCAGAGUCUCGAAAGAGAUCAAACCUUGAGAGUGACGAAAGGGAGAAGGAGCUUAACUCACUUGAGGAAGCUCUCAAAGAGAAGACUGCCGAGUUGAAAAGAAAGGAGGAGGCUUUCGAGCUGAAACUGAAAGAAGAAGCUGACAAAUUGAGAGUAGAGACUGAACUGAGGAGGAGUGGUCUUGAGAUUAAGGAGAAGGCACUGGAAAAAAUGUUGAAAGAGGUUGAGUUGAAGCAGAUGGACUUAAAAGAAAAAUCAAAACAACAACUUAUAGACGCAGAGUCUCGAAAGAGAUCAAACCUUGAGAGUGAAGCAAGGGAGAAGGAGCUUAAGGCACUUGAGGAAGCUAUCAAAGAGAAGACUUCUGAGUUGAAAAGAAAGGAGGGGACUUUCGAGCUGAAACUGAAAGAAGAAGCUGAUAAAUUGAGAGAGGAGAACGAACUGAAGAGAAAAGGUCUUGGGAUGAAGGAAGAGCCACUGGAACUGGAGUUGCAGCAGGUGGAAUUGAAAGAAAGAUCAAAUCAACAACUUGUAGAAGCAGAGUCUCGAAAGAGAUCAAACCUUGAACUUGGGCCGUCCUUGUUGGCAAAUAAUGAUAGUGAUGCUGCUUCUCUUACUCGCCAAGCAAAAAAACAGAAACCUCAGGAAGCAAGUGAUGGAGACAUUGAAGAAAUUGUCUGCACAGAUAAAAGCUAUAAGGAUCCUAAAUUGUUAACUUUUCCUGAUAGAAGGAUCCAUGAUUUUAGCAAGUCAAUGAGCUCUUUUGCUGUUGAUCAAGUAUGGGCUUUAUAUGAUCCUAGAGAUGAUAUGCCCAGGAUCUAUGCUCAGGUCAGAAGAAUCUUUGACUCCCAAUUGAGUUUGGAGGUGACAUUACUUGAACAUGUCAAAACUACAAAAGAUGAGAAAGCUACUCUUAGUGGUUGUGGGAGCUUCGAAUAUGGAGAUACAGAGAUCAAGAACCACUUGAUGUUUGUUCAUGAGAUGGAUCACAUCGCAUGUGCCAACAAUGUCACAGUGAACCCAAGAAAAGGUGAAACAUGGGCUCUUUUCAGAGAUUGGAAUGCGAGUUGGAACAGUCACCCGGGUCUGCAUGAACCUCCUUAUAGAUACGACUACGUGGAAGUCAUCUCCGACUUUGACGAUCUUUCAGGCAUUGCAGUGGCCUAUAUGGGGAAAGGAUUUUUAUCGGUUUUUAACCGUGCUGAGCAGCAUGAUGGACUGGUCAAGAACAUAGUCCCACCGGGGGAAAUGCAGAAGUUUUCUCAUAAAGUGGCAUCGUUCAAGUUGAGCGGAAAUGAGAAAGAGGGAAUCCCAGCUGGGUCUUUCGAGCUAAACCCUGCUGCUACCCCUAGCUAUGAUUCUGUGUCUGAGGAGGUGGUGAAAAUAGAAAUACAAAGCAAGGAUUGUGGUAAAGCUCUAACGGUUGUACAUGAAAAUGGGUCUACAAAAGAUCUGCCCAUUAUAAUAGAUUGAAGGAUUCAAGUACCUUUCUUAUCAGUAUUUGGCUUUUGAGGUUGCAGGAAGUAGUGAAACUGUAAUCUUUUUGGUUUAUGUUUCUGUUUUCUCUAUCUUUUGAACUGAACCAACUUCUUUUGUUAAAAAAGAAAGAGAAUGCUUUAGGAAAAGUGUAUAACUCUGUGUCUCUCAAAGUUUCAACUUUGUUUUCAGAUCGAAA